AUGGUCAAGCCAAUAGUCGCUCCAAGUAUUCUGGCAUCCGACUUCGCCAAUUUAGCAUGCGGUUGCCACAAAGUAAUCAACGCCGGCGCUGAUUGGCUACACAUUGACGUUAUGGAUGGCCAUUUCGUGCCCAAUAUUACCCUCGGCCAACCUAUCGUAGCCAGCUUGCGUAAAGCUGUGCCCAGAGUUGACGAUAAUAGCUCCUCUGCACCAAAGGCAUUUUUUGACUGCCACAUGAUGGUCGAAUCGCCUGAGAAAUGGGUAACCGAUUUUGUCAAAUGCGGCGCAGACCAAUUCACAUUUCACUAUGAAGCGACUAAAGACCCGUUAGCUUUGGUCAAGCUCAUCAAGUCUCAUAACAUUAGAGCCGCGUGUGCUAUUAAGCCUGGCACUCCAGUGGAUGUACUCUUCGAACUGGGUCCUCAUUUGGACAUGGCUUUGGUGAUGACUGUGGAACCUGGUUUCGGCGGCCAAAAAUUUAUGAUCGACAUGAUGCCCAAAGUCGAGGCUCUGAGAAAUAAGUUUCCGCAGCUUGAUAUCCAAGUUGACGGUGGGCUGGGCAAAGACACUAUUCCUCAUGCAGCGAAGGCCGGUGCAAACGUCAUUGUCGCCGGAACAAGUGUUUUCACGGCCGAGAACCCCUCGGAAGUAAUAUCUUUUAUGAAAGCGGAGGUUUCUGAUAACUUGCAGUCUAGAGGCUUGCUGAAUUAA